AAGAAGGCGCGGAAUCAGGGAAUGGCGCUGCUGCUGGUGGUUCUGCGAGGUGCCCAUCGGGCUUAGGAGCGCCCGCCUCAGCCGCCGGGGCAGGAGCAUGCGGGACCCUCUGCUGGUGGCGCUGGGCUGGGUGGUGGCGGCAGCGGCCAUCACCUCGACGUGGCACGUCCAGGCGGCAGGUGAGACCCCAAAGGGGAGAGAGCGAGAGAAACAGAGUCCCCAGCAACCUGGGCAGGGCGUCCCAUGGAACACAUGGGGGUUUCCUCUCGAGGAAGUGGGCAAGAGGGUAGCUUUUUCACUGCUCACACGGGAUCCGUUUUAUCUGUUGGUUAUUCAGUUCAUGAAAUGUGGUAUUCCGCUUGAUCGUAAGGAAAAGCCUCCAGCGGUUUACCAAAACACGUUUUAGAUCGGCUGCUUUUAAUCGAUUGGCUGGUUGUUUGGUGCUGAGCUUACUUUUCUUCUUAUUCAAUGGACCCGUUGCUUUGUUUUGUAAAAUAAAACUGUAAAAGCCGCCCUAAUAGUUGGGUAGAACAGGGCAUUGAUUGGAGAGGGGCAUUUGGUGAUUUGCUCUUUUACCUGGCUUUGAGUGACUGCGCACUCUGUUGCUUGUGUGGGUGUCUUAUGUAUUAAUCUUCUGUCCAGCACAUUGAGGGGCCAAAAAGUGAUAUACAAAUGAACCGUUGUUGUUAUGCCCCCAAAGUGAUAUCUAUUUUAUUGCAUAAAAUUAAUACGCUGCUUGAUUGUAAAGGAAACAAAGAAAGCUCAAAAUAGUUUUCAAAAAAAGAUAGAAUAAUUAAAUUAUCAAUAAGAAAAAUUAACAACAGUGAUUUAAGACUUUUGAAAAGUCAAUAUAACAGUAGACUAAAGACAGAUUAAAACUCGCAGAAACUCAACUUUCUAAACAUCUGGGUAGGCUCAUCUAAAGUCGAAUGUUUUUAGAAUGUUUUCAGAACAAGAAUGAUAUAAGAAUACAUGACAACAAUGAAUAAUAAUAAUAAUAAUAAUAAUAAUAAUAAUAUAACAGUCAUGAGGGGCUCCAGCCUGUGUUGAGAACCACUGGCAGCUCUUGCCAACCUGCUGCCUUCCCGGUGUUUGGGAGCUGCUGAUGGGAGUUGUAGGGCAACAUGGGGAAGGGUCACUACCACCCAACCCAGCCCCCAGCAUUGCUCCUCUCUCUUUAACAGUGGUCCACUGAUGAAACUUUCACACCACCUCUUCUUAUUUCCUAUCAGGAAAAUCACCACCUGCUGAAUUUCUGUUGAAUUUGCUUUUUAAGGCACAGGAGCAAUGGCAAUUAAAAAGGUGGCAAUCCUGAGUUACCUUUAAGGUGCUUGGGACCAUGGUAACUGAACCACCAGCAGAUCAAUUUAUUAAUUUUUAGAAAAGGCCAUACGCUUGUGAGUCACCCCACUGCUUUUGUACUUGCCAGCCAUCUAGGCGAAGGGUGCCUGAGUGUGUUUUGUUUCUGUUUCCCUUUUUCUAACUGCGUAGGCAACAUGGCACCUUUUCUCUCUUGUAUUUCCAAACGGGCCAGGGGGAAAGCAGAUGCAGUGGGCUCAGCUAUGUUCACCCCACUCCAUUCAAGCGCAAGGGUUUGAGUCUUUUUAGUGCACAGAAAAGGCAAGCAAUUGGCAACGUGAUAGAAGUUUAUAACAUGGCACUUUGAAGGUGCACAGAGAAAAGUCGUCCCCCCUCUCGUAACGCUCAAAUUGGUGGAUGUACAAUGAAGCUGAAUGUUGGGAGAUUCAGGAUAAACAAAAGAAAUUCCUUCUUCAACCAGAGCAUAUUGAAGCUAUGGAGACAAUGAUGGCUCCCAACUUGGAUGGCUUUAAAAGAGGAUUGGACAAAUUCAUGGCGGGCAAGGCUAUUAAUGGCUACUAAGUAUGAUGGCUAAGCUCUGCCCCCACAGCCAGAGGCCUCAUGCAUCUGGGAAUCUCAGGUGGGCAGAGUGCUGUUGCGCUUAUGUCCAGUUUGCAGACUUCCAACAAGGAUCUGACUGGUCACUGUGCGGAGAGAUGGGUCAUUGGCCUGAUCCAGCAGGCCUGUCUUAUGCUCUUAUGUUCUUAUGUCAAGGUGAUGGGUGGGAUGCUGGAUUUUGUAAAUUAAUAAAGCGGGGGGGGGGGGGGGGAGACAUUGUUAGCUCACAUUAAAAAUAAGAAAAAAAAUUAAUCCCAAUGAUAUCCAAAUGAGACUAAUGAUUAUAAAGAUAUAUGCUCAGAUGUAGAAGGGGCAAUUCGAUCUCCAAACCGUUGAGUAAUGGAUGGUGGGUGUUUUUCCUUUCAGUCUCUUUGGGACUUGCCAGAUCCCCUUUCGUUGUUCAUCCAUUAGCCCCCAUCUCAGAGGGACAUACCGUAUUCUUUGCUCUAUAAGACUCACUUUUUCCCUCCUAAAAAGUAAGGGGAAAUGUGUGUGCAUCUUAUGGAGUGAAUGCAGGCUGUGCAGCUAUCCCAGAAGCCAGAACAGCAAGAGGGAUUGCUGCUUUCACUGCGCAGCAAUCCCUCUUGCUGUUCUGGCUUCUGAGAUUCAGAAUAUAAUUUUUCUUGUUUUCCUCCUCCAAAAACUAGGUGUGUCUUGUGGUCUGGUGUGUCUUAUAGAGUGAAAAAUACGGUAAUUUAAAAGUGCGUGAACGUCUGCAAACACCAAGCAUUUUGAUUUUAGCAUAGGAAGAGGUGCUUGGGUGAGGGGUGCUGAACUCUCUCUCACACCUUUGCACCCUUUGUUCCAUCGCCUCAGGUGCUUUUCUCACAGCCACCUCUGAUUCUGGAAAUGGCUGGACUGAGGAGAAGUACCUGAGCUGAUGUAGCAAGAGAAGUCCUGGUGGGGGAAGGGGAGAGGGCUCAGCUUCCCUUACCCUGUAAUGUAGGAGUAAGAGCAGCUUUUGCCAGCCUGUUGCCUUACAGGUGUUUUGUAUUACACUUUCCAGGAGCUGCAGCCAUGGUACUGUUAACUCCAGCAUCUGAGAGCCCACUGACUGAGGCUGAUGGGAAUUGUAGUUAGGAAUGGGAGAGGAUUUUGGUUUGCUCCAGAACUGGAAGCAAACCUCUCUGGUCUUCAUCCGAUGGCUCACAUUGGAUCACAUGUCUAGACUGGAUUGCAUGUAUGUGAACUUCUCAGGUUGUGGUUAUUUGUGCUAACAUCCUGGUUUUAGUUUCAUUUCUAUACAAGGUGGUUCAGGAGCUUUCUAGCUCUUUUUGCCUUUCUGUUCAAAAAUCAUUUCUAGCUGCUUGAAAGAUACCGUAUCAGUAUUGGAGUUUUAAAAAAGAUGUUAUUAAGGUGUUUUUAUUGCUUUAUUGUUUGUCACUCUGGGCUCCUUUGGGAGGAAGGGCAGUAAAGAAAUUGAAUAAAUAAAAAACAAAUUAAAAUUAAGUGUGUGUAUGUGAAAAUUGCUUAAAAUAUCCACAUGGUUAUAAGAUGGAACAGACUUGCUGGUCCACUUGUGUUCAAGGGACACAAACCAGAUUAAGGCUGCAUUCACAACAUACAUUUCAACUGCAAUGAUACCACUUUAACCAGUCAUGGCUUCCGCCAAAAAAAUUAUGGGAGUUGUAGUUUGUUAAGGAUGCUGAAAGUUUUUAGGAGACCACUAUUCCCCUCACAGAGCUACCAUUCCCAGAGUUUCCUGUGAAGAGGGACUGAUUAUUAAACCACUCUGAUGAAAUUAUAACAGGGCAGAUAAUCUAUCAGAGACCCUGAUUCCCCGGACCAUUUGGUAGGUUGGGUCCUUUUUGAAGUGGGGUUGGUCUAGAAGACCCUUGGGGUCCCUUCCAACUCUAUGAUUCUAAGUGUAGCCACAUGGUGAGGCUUCCCCCUGAGGGCAGCUGUUCACAUCUAGCACUCUUGAGACUUGAUUCAAUGGCUUUUAAGAUGCCACCAGAACUCACCCACUGUGCUUUGUGGUAGGCUAGCCAAAACCACAGGAUGAAGAAUGUGCCUCCAGAAUGUCACCAUUCUGCACAACAAACCCACUUUCUUAAAAUGAAAUAAAAAGCCCCCCCCCCUGACUUUUAGUGCUUAGGAAAGUGACAGGAGAGUAACAGGGAACUGUACUGAAAAGUGUGGGGUGAACUAAAGAUAAAUGGGAAGACAUGUCAGCACCACCACCCCACGCCAAUUGGAAUGAAUGCUCAUUGUCCUAUAACUGCCCCAUAAUAAUAUUUGUUAACAAAUGCUCAAUACAUAGUCUAGCCUCUGUGUAAGCUUUGUGCAAGCAGAUCAGGAUGCUGAAUAGCAAAGAGUCCUCAGUGUGAUUUAAUUUAAAGUGUCUGCUAUGCUACCAUUUGUCUGCAUGAACUGGGAUGAAGGGCCUUCCACUUUCUAGUGCAUAUCUUAAAAGUAUUUGUGUGCAUGUUUGACCAUAUGUGUAUUUGCAGAAACGUGGAUUGUUCAGGGACAUUGUGAAUAGGGAUUGGACCUCGGACUGGUUAUUCAGCCUAUUUGUUUGCUGCUGUGUGUGACUGUGUGAAGCAGACGCAAAUGAGUGAAAGAUGCUUUCAUCAAAAACACUUGAGUUCGCCAGCAAACGACGCCAGCUGUCAGGUCUUGGUUACUCUGUGCAUAUUGAGCGAGGCAUGUCUUGCCAAACAACAACAACAACACACACACACUUAGCAAAAUUAAAAGUUUUGAAAUAUGGGUUUGGUCUCUGUUCCCCACCCUGCAUCAAAAUAUAACUUAUAGUACUGAGAAACAAUUGGCAGCCUUUAUCGAUGAGUUCUUCCAGCCAUCGCGGCCACUGCAGGAUGCUACUUCUCACAGAGAACAGCAGGGAUUUGUUUUGGGCUGGGGAGGAUUAAGAACAGGCAAUUAAUCUGAACCAGCAUUGCUCAACCAUCCACAUUCCUGCCUGUCAUGCCUCAUCUGGAGGAGUCCACAAUCAGAGGCCAAUGUGGAGCUCCCACUACUUAGUGAAGCCCAGGACCCAACAAGAUCUGUGGACAAGGACAAGUUAGGACUCCGGGACAAGGGUGCUAGGUGGGCAUCCCGUGGAGACCUCCCCUUUGACAACAACUAAUGGGAUUCGGCUGGGUGUGGUUCAAGCAAGCUCCAGCUGAAAAGCCCCAGCAUCAGGUGGGAAGAGCUGCUUUUUGCCUUGUACCUGGCCCUCUACUUGCGUGGAAUGAGACCUUGGACUGCCCCUUGAUUUGCAUCUUUCCUGAGCCCUUGCUUGAACCACUGUUUACUUGGGACUGGACCUCGGACUGGCCUUGGGUGUUGCUGGUGUCUGCAUCCAUGGCAGCUCUGUUUAUAUGGAUGUUCCUCUGCAGCUCAGGACCCAGCUAGGGCAGGACACUCCCCUCCCUCUUUAUUCAGCUGUAGCCAAGGGUCAGGCAAGGCAGAGAAAGGGGGUGUCCCUCUUACGCCCAUUACAGUGAAUCCAAUUUCUCCUCUGUUGUUCUUUGGAAUGCAGAGGCACCCCUUGAGGUUAGAUCCCCAGGGAUUUCAAAUUCUGCAAGGCCUUGCUGUUGCAAUUCAAGGAGGGGAGGUAAGCUGAGCCCUUUCCCCCCGCCCCCCUACUUUCCUCCUCACUUCCAUCAGGCUCGCUGCUCAACUCCUGUUCUCCUCUUAACUGGCUAAAGAUGCUGGCUGAGUUUAUUUUAGGUGUGCUCAGGAAACCCAGCUGGCGCCUUUGUGGGGAAGGGACUUGUCCAGGGAUAAACACAUCUUUCCAGGGCCCAGAUAAGAUAAUAUUUGUCCCUGCUGGCACUUCAGCCAAUUAUGUUGGUUCUUUUUUUUACUUUGCUGCUUGUAAAACAUGAUAAUUUUCUGGAUAAAAAUAUAGUUUAAAAAACUCAACUUUUUUCAAAUGUGUGUGUUGGGGGGAGGGUUUCCUAGGAUAUUGUUAUUCAAACGGAUUUUUUAAUUUAAAUACUUACAAAACACAAUUUUCAAGUGUAUCAAGGUGGCUUAUGAAACAUACAAAAUGUAAUAAAAUUGCCUGUAAAACGUAAUUUAAAACAUCAAUAGAUGCCAGGGCUGUCAGACAGGCAGGACCACCCACAAAAUGUCAAAAUGAAGACUCCCUGUGUUCACUCAAGCCAGCUGCUUCUACCACCUAUCAGCUUGCCAUCUUCUCAGACCUGUCCUCGGUGUCCCACCACCAAUGUCAUUGGUCUAAGUCUUCUUCCUCCGUGUCAUCCCUGGGGAUUUUUGGGCUGGCGUCUCCCACUGCUCUUCAUCAACCAGCCAGUCUCUGACAGUAGAUUGGUUAGAAAGGGAAGCUCAUAUUGCAAAGGCUUGCCUAAAGAGUAGAAAAGAAGACCGAAAGAAGGCAGGGAUUAUUGCUGCCAAAGACAGUUCCACAGAGCAGAGCCUUCCACACUAAAUACUCAGUCCCUUCUAAUGGCCAACCAAACUUCAAGGCAUGGAGAUCCAUCCAAAGUGCCCCAUCAGAUGAUCUCAGUGAUUGAGGGGACACACAAGGGAACAGACAGUUUUUCAGGUGUUUCAGGCCCAGGGCUUUGUGGAUUAACACAAGAACCUUCGAACUGUUGCCUGCAGUCUUCUCCUGUGAGCAGCCUGGCCACUGUAGGAAUCAAGUCUUGAGGCUGCCAGUGCAUGGACCACUGUAUGGUCAGGCUGUGUGGUCCAGGAAUGGUUUCAGUUGGCAUACCAUGCAUACCAUCUAGAGCUGGUAAAAAAAAGCACUCUUGGGCAUUUUUGGGGCAUCCCUCUGUUUUGAUAUGGUUUGGGCAGUUUGAGUAUGGAAACUGAGUUCAUCUCAUUUAUGUACAUAUUGUCCCUGACAUUGCCUGUCAUUUAAGUCCUUAAAUGCACCUAGUGUGUCCAAUUGUCCAAGAGGAUUGGUGGAUAAAUUCAUGGUGGAUAAAGCACUAUCACUGGCUACUAGCCAUGAUGGCUCUGCUCUGCCUCAAUGGUCAGAGGCAUCAAUGCUUUUGAAUACCAGUUGCUGGAAGCCACAGGAGUGGCACAUGCUCUUGUGUUUGGGGUUACGGGUUUCCCACAGGCAUCUGGUUGGCCACUGUGAGAACAGGAUGUGGGCCACCGGCUGGAUCCAGCAGGCCUCUGUGUACAUUCUCUUGGGUUGGCGUGCUAAUUUUUAAAAAAGGGGGCGCUCAGUUUCACUUUCCCCCUGUGCUUUCACCCAUUUAGAUUGUGAUCUCCUCUAAGAGCUAUUGUUUAACCGCUUCUGUGAGCAUUAUAUAAAUAACAAUAAAUUAUCCAUUCCAUAUGGGCUGGAUAUCACACAGUCGCCCUUGAAUGGGGCCCUAAACAACUGUUGUGCAAAAGCCAAAUCUAGCUGGGAUCACUGAUUGCUGAGUAAAUCCCUUGAAGGCAGAGGCCAGAUUCCACAAGGGUGAAUCUGCAGAAUAUUCAUGCCUCCAGCUAUUCAAAAUCCCACUGCAGGCACUUUGUGUUGUGGGGAAAUUAGCAUCCUACACCCAGUUUGCAUUUAGGUUAAAGCAAUACAGUAUCUACCAAGAUCAAGGUGAGGCAAUCUUGGCUGUUCUUGCCUAUCUCCCCUUGUGCAAUUCUCCAGAGCCAUAGGUGAAUAUUUCCCAAGUAGCUGAAACUCUUUCUGAGAGGUGUAUGUUCCAGAUUAAUCGAUAACCCAGAAGCUCAGUCCUACCUGGCCAGUCCAGGAGCUACAGCCAAAGACCUUGAUAAAGCACCCCACCCUCCAGACAACAAACAGUCCUGCUCUUCCUUUCAACCUCUGCCUUACGACAAUACCUACACUGUUCCAGAUGAGUAUGUUCAGCUUUUUGCAGUUAUUAUUUCAUAAUCUGUGAAUCACUUUGUGUAGCUCUGUCCCAAGGUGAUUUUCAGGCACAUUCUUAAAAACAGCUAAGAGAAUAUUGUAAGCAGUAGGAAAACAGCCGAGUAUAUAUUUAAAAACAGCACAGAAUGAACACCUAAGGCAGAUUCCUCUUCAUCCAGCUGGAGAAGCCUGUCGAAACAAAAAAUACCUUCAAUUGUUUCUGGGGAAUACAGAUAUCAGUUGCCUGUUGUAUCUCAACAGGAAUGCUGCCCCUCCAGAGGACAUCAUGAAUCCACUCUCCUAGUCACAGAGGGAUGCGAUUCCUCCAACCGACCCCAUUUUAUGUGGAAAAGACCCUGAUGUUGGGAAAGAUUGAGGGCACAAGGAGAAGGGGACGACAGAGGACGAGAUGGUUGGACAGUGUUCUAGAAGUUAGCAGCAUGAGUUUGACCAAACUGCGGAAGGCAGUGGAAGACAGGAGUGCCUGGCGUGCUCUGGUCCAUGGGGUCACGAAGAGUUAAACAUGACUAAACGACUGAACAACAACAGCAACAAUACUAAUUCUUGAAAUGGAUUAGGGGUGGCUGUUCUUGCCUCAGAAUUCCAUUGAAAAUGUGUCUGUGCUGGGCAAUCUUACCUUUUAUCUCCCUGUGUGUGCCAACCUGUUGACACUUCCUCUGCAGCCAUAAGCUGCCUUGCUCUCUGUAAAAUAGGUGAAAGCAGUUUCACCAAAGGUAUGUCCUAGGCAACAAUAGGGCCUUGGAGAUGUGAUUGCAAAGUUACCAUAGUUUAUUCCUUUGUCAAGCUUGUUUGACCUCAGUGCUCUUUGAGGACCGGUCCCUGAAUAUUUUACCAUGAAAACAUGAUAACAUUUGUUGGGGGUAAUGAAAACACCCUAAUGACAAAAUCUGAUGCAUUUCAGGGACAUUUUAUGCCUCAGGUGGUGUUUUGUUUGUUUGUUUCCAGAAGGAAAACUGAAAGUGAUAGGUAGCUAAAAUGUGGGGACUUGUAUGGGUGACAAUUUGUGACAAUGUCCUAGAAUGACUUCCUGGUAGGUUUGUUUCUAUGUGAAUUGCACAAUGAUAAGGGUGCUGAGGGGACACUUCAGCACCCACAAAAUUGGAUGAAGGUUAAGAAGAGGCUGGAGGGGGGCUACAUUCUGCAUUAUAGACACUGCCUUGAGACACUGUGGUACUCCAGCACCACCCUGUGUGUCUCCCAUCCCCACUGCCAGAGACAGUGGAGAAGCAGUGGCAGUAGCAGUAGCAGUAGCGGCAGCAGCAGCGGCAGCACCUCAGAGUCCUCUGCCACUGCUGCUUCUUGUUUCUGCAGCAGCGGGCAGCAUAGUGUGGCAGUAGGCAGGCACAGGGGCAGGAUUUGCUACCUCAAGAUUCCACCUCCACCUGAGACAGCUGCCUCAGUUUGCCUAAUCAUAAGGCUGACUCUGUCUCUAAGCUCCCUUCCAGCUCUUUAUGUGAUGCAAUAAAUCAUCUACAAAUCUGCAGAAUCAUUUCCUCCCAGUUUGCCCUGAGAGAGGAAAAGGUUGAAUUGAACACUAUGAUGAGGUUACCAGAUUUUUUCAAUGAAUCUGGGGACACUUUAAAUUAAUUAAUUAAGUAAGUAAGUAACUUUGGGACAUUGAUGCUGCAGCGAUGGCGGUGGCAGAGGGGCCAUCAACCGCCUUGACCUCAACCGCCACGUUUCCCCUUUCUUCCCCAGCUUCUAUCUCCUUUCUCCUGGAGCCUGGGCAGCCCCUGAGUUUUUGGUUCUUUGGUGGUGGGGAAGCGGUGCGCGAUGGGUCAGGCAUGGAAGGUGGAGAAGGAGGGCUGAGAGCGGCGGCAGCAGCGAGGCUCGGGCAACACGAAGCCUUCCUUCCCAUCGGAGCAGCCCCAAUCCCACUCCUACUUGUGUGCAAGCAGGAGGGGGCAGGGAUCUCUCAGGCAUCAUGAUGCCUUCCUUCCCAUCUGAGCAGCCCCAAUCCCAUUCCUACUUGCGUGCAAGCAGGAGGGGGCGGGGAUCCCUCAGCUGGGAAGGGAGGUUUCCCCUUGCCUAACUGAGAGAUCCUUGCCCCCUCCUGCUUGCAUGCAAGCUCUGAUAGGCAGCAUGAAGCCUCCCUUCACAGCUGAGAGAUCCCCGCCCCGCUCCUGCUUGCAUGCAAGAAGGAGUUGGGAGGCUGCUCCCAUAGGCAGCAUGAAGCCUCCCUUCACAGCUUAGUUGCUGGGGUCAGGGAAGGUGGAGGAAGCCCGGAAGCUGCAUCUUCAAGCCCCUGCACCACCAUCAUAUGGGGACUUCUUAGCAGCUCCUGUUGCCAGCCAGAGCCAACUGCUCCAGGCUGCUGAGACUGCCGCCCCUGCGUUUCCCGGGGACAUUAGAUGAAAUCUGGGGACAUUCCAGGGAUGCAAUUUGUCUGGGGACUUAUUCACAAAUCCAGGGACUGUCCCUGGGAAACGGGGACGUCUGGUAACCCUACACUAUGAGGGCACUUUGAAACUCCUUCCCCCAUUAUGAGAACACAAUGCCUGCUCUACUCUCACAGAGAGUCUGUGAACAGGGCAGACCUCAGCCAGGUGCCUCUAAAUAUCACAGAAAUAGCAAGCACAGUUUCCUGCUUCUGUUCCAUAGGGGCACAAGAGUCCUCUGCUAGGUUAGCUGCUGAUGUGUAUCUCGGAAGUCACGGCCAUUUCUUUUGUUAGCCUGACAUUUGGGUUGGCUCAGUGGUGUUAACAGGCACAGCUACUCGGUUUCAAAAAUAAAAUACAGUGGUGCCUCGCAAGACGAAAUUAAUCCGUUCCGCGAGUCUCUUCGUCUUGCGGUUUUUUCGUCUUGCGAAGCACGGCUAUUAGCGGCUUAGCGGCUAUUAACGGCUUAGCGGCUUUAAGAAAAAGGAAACAAAAUCGCAAGAACUCGCAAGACGUUUCGUCUUGCGAAGCAAGCCCAUAGGGAAAUUUGUCUUGCGGAAUGACUCAAAAAACGGAAAACUCUUUCGUCUUGCGCGUUUUUCGUCUUGCGAGGCAUUCGUCUUGCGAGGUACCACUGUAAUGAGAUUGCUCAUCAAAGAGGAAAGAGUUGGGCAAUCACAGUCUAUGCUGGCAAAUCUUUCUCACAUGAUCCUUUUUCCUAAUGCAACCAGAAUUCAAGGCACAUUUUCUGCCACAAGAAUUCAAGAGAGUUGUGCAACCUGCAGUUGUUUUGAAUAUGGAAACGAUUUUAUAUAAUCGUUCUCUGGUUUGAAAUUGGAAAUGUGUCAUAGCAAAGUAUAGUCUGGCCAUCUGAAGCCUUGGGCUUGUGUGCUUCCUAAACUUUAUUUAUCGUUCUGACAAUUUGUAUAACACUUAACAACAGUUGCCUCUAAGCAGUGUACAAGAGACUCAAUGCAAUGAAACUAAAAAUGAGCUAAAAGGUUAAAAUUAACUGUAAAAAUGUUCUCUUGCCAUCCACACUGAUUUCCUCCUUCACUUUCUAGUUUGAUCAGGCCAUAGUUUACUACUACAGCUGAAUUAAGCAUGCUAGAACUUUAAGCAAUAGACCACAUAGAUGUGUGAGCAUCCUGCCCUGAAAGCAGUGGAGCCUUUGAAAACAUUCAUUUUAUUUAUAAAUCCCAUGACAGCCAGUGUUGCAUAGUGGUUAGAGUGUCUGACCAGGACCUGGGAGGCCAGGGUUUAGCCAUGAAACCCACUGGGUGACCAGUUGCUGCAUCUGAGCCUAACCUACCUCACAGGGUUGUUGUAAGAAUAAAAUGAGGAGGGGGAGAGCCAGGUACACCACCUCGAGUUAUUUGCAGGAAAGGGGGGGGGUAUAAAUAUAAUAUAUAAAGCAUUCAAAAGCAAUUUAACAAUGAAAGCAUCAACAAUAAAAAUGUACAUAAAACCACUUCCAUUACUGAUUCAGAGUGGGAUAAAAUCUCUAUUUAAAAGGCUUGUUGUAAAGGGAAGAUAUUCAACAGGGGUCAGAAAGACAAUAGAGACGGCAAGUGGCUGAUAUGUAAUGGGAGUCUGUUCCAAAGCGUAAAGGCCUGAUUCUGACACCAUGCAGAAUGGACCCCUUGAUGGUUAUGGUCCCUGAUAUGAGUGCAGUGAUUUGUUAGGUAAAUGCACAGCAAGAUGAUAUUUUAGGUAUCGUGGUCCCAAACUGUAUAGAUUACCAGUACCAGCAUCUCGGAUAUAGCCCAGUGGCUGCUUGGUAGCAAUUCAAAUCAGUGCAGAUGUUUGCAAAAGUCUCAGAAGGUGCUCACUGCUGCCUCCCCCUGUUCCCCAAAGACCAAGUGAUUUAUCUGGGACAAGGCAAGGCCCUGGAGAGAGGGGUGCAUGCCAGGUCCCGGCUGUCUUUUCCUGCCUUGCCACAGCUAAGUCCCUGGGCUCAGUGGCGUAGCGUGGGGGGUGCAGGGGGGGCCGGCCGCACCGGGCGCAACAUCUGGGGGCGCGCACUUGCACUCGCAGCUCUCUGCCCCUACCUGGCUCACUCACUCUCUCUCACUGCAGUGCUGGCUGUGCGAAUCCGAUCCGAGCCGCUGGGUCGCCGCCCACUGUGGAGGGGGUGGGUGCCAGGCGUGCGGUGCGGAGAGAGAGUGAGGACUAUCUGGGGGAGGGACAGUGCAGCGGCCGCCCAGCGCAGCGCUGAGCGCGGGAGAGAACCACACCAGACCAGCCCAGGCAGCAGCAAGAAGAAGCUGGCAGCGGCGGCAGGUUAGGGGUUAGGGGGCGCAAAUUACUUGCCUUGCCCUGGGUUAGGGGGCGCAAAUUACUUGCCUUGCCCCGGGUGCUGACAACCCAUGCUACGCCGCUGCCUGGGCUUAAUGACAAUAACUACACAUACUUGGUACUCUGAAUCAGACUCAAAGUUUGGCAUGCUACUAGUCGGGAGAGUGUUGUUGCAAUCAGAUCCUGAUUUUGGGCUUCUCAUAGGUUUCAUCUGGCCGCUGUGACAACAGGAUGCUGGACUAGAUUGACCGGCUUUGACUUGAUCCAGCAGGGCUUUUCCUAUGUUCUAUUUUGUAUUUGUUUAUUUUCUCUUCUAUUUAGUAUCAGGCAUUUUAUUAGGCUAGCUUAUUUGCAUACAGUGUUCUUUAGUCUAUGCUGUUAAAUUAGGUUUGCUCAUUUGUAUUGUUUUGCACAACGUUGUAUGGACUGAUGCCUUUUUUCUAUUUAUUGACAUGGUGACUUACAAUCCAUUCUAAUGUUUUUGAACAGUAAUGCUUAUUGUUCGUUUGAUAUGUCGUGAGCCUUUUGGGGCACAGUUUUCUGGGAAAGUGGCAUACAAAUAAACACUCAGUGAUCGAUGUACUGUUUUCUUGCUGCAGGACAACCGGAAGUAGGAAAAGGCUGUGCAAACGAAUGCAGGCAGCACUUAUCCAGACCGAUUCACCAGAUCAGACUGCAAAAUUAUAUGAAAAUGACAUGUGGGAUGAAGACUUCGGUAAUGUAAGUGCCUUGUGCCGUUAAUGCUAUGCCAGUUAUUAUACAAUCCAGUUUUCUUCUCAUCAGAAGAGAUGGAAGUUAAAUGCAGUUGUCACAGGAGACGUGUGUCUUCCAGUUUUCUUUCUACCUAUCCAAAGCUCUUUAAGGAGGCCAUAAAUGAUUAAACUGAUUUCAGGAACAAAAAAGGGUGGGAACAGGCUUAAAAUACAUUGAUGUUGUUAUUAUGGCAAAAAGCAAUGGCUGUAGUGAUGCUGUCUUUUGUUUGACCCUUCCCUCCCUGACUUCUAUAGGGUGAGUGUGUAAAUUCAUUUAUUACUAUGAGUAUAUUAUAUAUAGUACUAUCAAUUUGCAUGGUGCCCCAGACAUUAGCAAUGGGAAGACAGGGCUCCACCUCAUACAGUAUAUAAUAUAAAACACAACACAAGCUGAGACUACAGAGGGAAGAGAGGGAAGGAGAGGGAACAGUGAAGCAGGGAGGACGGUGGCUUCUUAGGGUGCAGAGGUGACAGGGUGCCAAGCUUCACUGCAGCUCUUUGGUUUAUUUCUGCUACUCUGCAACACGAUGUUGAUGAAUAUUUGCAAGGCCAUUUUUUUGUUAAAUGGAAAUGGAUGUGGAAAGAUAUUUAAGAAUAUCUUAACUAAGCAGUGCUAAAGGAUGUGCUUAAAUCUGUCCCGUUGAAGAUCACUGAGUUUUAAAGCUGCUUAACUGAGCUGGAUUGUGUCCCUUUUAACUGCUGUUUCCCUUCUCUGUCCAGACUGAUCACUAAGAAGAAUCUGAAAUUCUGUGCAAGACCAGAGGAAGUCUGGGUACAGGAGGCUAUGAGGCAGCUGGAUGCAAUGAACGCUCCUACAGAAGUGACAGCUGGGUUUGACAAACAAGUGGGCGAUACUGUCUCCAUAUCAGUUCACCCUGGGGGUCCACCUGACACCACUGCCACAUUUAGCACAGCUACUUACACUCCCAAACCAGCAGUGAUGGUGACUGGAACGACCCUUCAUCCCCAAACCCUUGCAAGUGGCACUAUGGUUUUCCAAACCUCUGUUGGAUCAAAGAGAUAUGAGGGAAGUCUCACAGCUGUUGGGAAAGGCCUGGAAGAGUUUCCUGGAUCAACUCAUGAUUUGGUGGCAUCUCCAUCCAGCUCCCCCAUAAGCAAUUUUAUUAUUGCAGAUUCCACGGCAAAAGGCACGAAGCCGACCACAGCAUCUGCCACUCCCCCAGCUUCCUCCGAACAACUGACUCCAGUUCUGAGCAGCUCCAGCACAGGUAUCGGAAGGCAGUCAACUGUGGGGCUCCCAACUGCUGAAGCAAACAUGCACACUUCUACCAAAUCAGCAGGUACUUUGUCAACAUCAGGCUUUCACCAGGAGAACGCAACCGGAAAAAGCAGAGCACAGCCAACCACAAGCACUCCUGAGGGUGCCUUCUCUCCCAGUGCUUUGGCUGGACCCCGAAGUCACAUCAUCUUUUGGGCUUCCAUGGGGACUUUUGUGUGUCUCACCAUUGUAGUUGGGUGGGCAUGCGCUAGGCCCAGAACACCACCUAAGGAACUGGUCCAAGGCUUGCUCUUCACUUCCUCUGACUCUCAGUCUGACGCCUUGGCCAUGGAAGUUCUUUAACUUGCCUGUGACUUUGUCUAAGAAUGCUUCUUUCACGCCAGGGUUUUAACCAAGGCCAUUGAAUAAAAGAGGGGGAGCAAGUGAGCCCCAUCCUGCAUGUUCAGUCACAAGAUGCAGUGCACACACAUCAGAUGAAUGGCAAAGCCCAUAAACUAGGGGGGUGGGGGAGAGGCUGGCCCCCUCAAAUAUGUUAUUAGUUGACUUCUACGUUCUAAGGCAAGGCAGAUGGUGUGAGCUUCCCCCACAAGAGUGGGACCUGUGACAUUAGCUGCUCUAGGGAAGCAGGAUGUACCAAACACAUUGCCCAAGGGUUGUGAGAGAGGCCUUAUCCUGCAGGAAUAUGAACUCAGGCCACUUCAAAGUGGGAGGCAGGCCUUCUCACCAAAUCCCUCUGCUAGGGGAACAGAGAGCGGCUCCUUCCUGAGCCAUUCAAGCCAAGUUGGUUGGAAGAAGAGCUGGAGCAGUGCCAAGGCAAUUGUAUAUUGACCUGAGACCAAGGUCAAAGGCUCACCGGGGACAUAUAAUCAAGCAUCCUUGGAUAGGACUCCUCCUAAAGUUGUUUGCUUGAUCUUCCUUUAUUUGUCAAAGUAGGCAAGUGUUGAAUCUGUUGGUGUCUCCGUAGUCCACCAAGAUUCAAAUCUCACGAGGUUGCUUAGACCCUGUAGACCAGGGUAGACCAGGGCCACAUUUUGCCAAGGGCCACAUUCCCUUCAGGGUAAUCUGAUAGGGGCCACAUGUCAGUGGGAGGGGGGCAGAGCCUCUCACCUCCCUCCCUCUCUCCCUACCCACUGGGCUGCAAGCAGAAGGGCAGAUCACUCUUGUCAGAGGUCUAAACUGCUUGCUUGUGGUGGUCUUCCCUCCUUCCAUUUUGCCUUCCUCCUCCCCCUGCUCUGUCUUUCCUUCCAGGCUUUUGCCCCCCUCAAGCAGGAAAUUAGGCAGGGGGCUCCAAGUAACCUGCUGGCUACAGACUCUCCACUUCUGCAACCUGCAGCUGCUGGAAUCUGUGGCCAAGUACUUAGCACAUAGGAAUUACCAUUUCAAGUAUAGGAGAGAAGUGGGAAAGCAUUAUGUAUGUUGAAAUUUGCACUAAACGCUCAAGACCAAAAACCAGGUCAUUUAGCCAAGCUCAAGGUGUACAGUAGUUUUUUAUCCUUAUCCAUAGAAUGGGUAUUUUCUGGGUUUGCUAUAUGGUGUUUUGUAUUUUCUUUAAGUAAAUAAAUAAAACUCUAAUCCCAUGUAAUGUGUCGUCUUUCACAAAUGCGAGGCGGAAUAAAAAAAGAGGGUCGUCCAAGUGAACCAAAGUACCUUGUUAUGGAACCACUAACAGAUUACAGAUGUAGGGCCAUCACUUUGCUUUAUUUCCACCCUGCC